GGAUUGCACCGUGAUCUUGGUAUCUUCCUAUCCGGAUACUUGGUAUCAUGCCUGUCAAAAGGCAGGAUACUUUUGAGCAACAGUAGCAUGGCCGCAGAGAGAGUGCGCGAGAUAGACGCUCUCGGUAAACGACUCUGUGGUCUCAAGCUCAUGGUGCCUCAUGAUAGCUCUUUCCUCAGAAUUCGCUGUGAAUGAUUUCGAUCGAAUGAUUUCUUCCGCACCUGCCUGACACAGCUGCGUGGGCCUGUGUUCUUUGCUGGUCGAUCCGGAUUCUCUGCUCAAUUACAAACCAGAACACGCCUGUCUGCUAUCAUGGAAGACCUUGAGCUUGUACCAUUCGGAGGCUAUAUCAGCGAUGACUCUGAUUUCCAUGGCACAGCCAAAACUCGCAAGAAACUCGAAUCCCAUAGCAAACGAAGCACUUCCAAACAACUCGUUCAGACUUGGAAUGAGACUCAAGCAUCUCACCCCGUCGCAUCGCCUGUCGUAAGCGGCAAAAUCGUGCCGGACGUCCUAUACAACAGACUGGAAGGCGUCCAAGGUGCCAGACAAUUGAAUGAGACUGUAGAUGAAUUCCUCAAGCGCCUCCCACCAAAGACUACUACUACUGGCCCGUGGAUUUGGAUCACCUGUCCUGUGGUCAAAAACGAGGAAUCUAAAUCUCGACAUGCGCCUGAAUCAGAGGAAUCUCCGGAAGAAAUGACAGAUCGGGCCAGCGCCCUGUUGAGCCAAUUCAGCGGCGAGAAGGAGCGUAUAAUAAACGCCAAUCCGACGUCCGCGCAAUCUUCUAUCACCAGAAAGCUUGGCCCUUUGAGAGAGCAGCUCAAGGAAGACAUACUUGACCUUGCAGUAUCAUGCGGUGUCACCAGUGGAAAGUGGAUGCUCUUUCCCAAACCAGACGACGUCAACAGGGUCUGGAGACUGGUCGCCGAAGCAGUUGUUGAUGGCAGACUAGGUGACACUGCCAAAGUUGCACCAGCAGACCCGCCAAACCCCUUCACCGGCGAGCAGAAGCAGUCAAGCCACCUGAUCUGCGUAUACACGAAAGACUUCUCAGAUCUCGAUGAUGUCCGGAGGGUGCUCGCAGAAAUGGUUGAGCUCGGUCUCGCGCCUCGCAAUGCUGCUGAUGGUGCAAUUUAUUACAAGGCCGAUGUCUACACCUAUCUCAACAUUGACUCUUCGAAUCCGUACGGUCUCAAGGCCAGCCUCUACUCCAGCAAAGACUUGGCUGGUCUCUCAAAGACCACGCAUACCAAGCCAUCCGCUUUAGCAGGUUCGACCAAGCGAAAGCAGCAGACUUUGACGACCAUGCUCGGAGAUGGCAAGAAGAGAAGAAGGUGAUUACCUAUCGAGGUGGGAAUGGUUGGUUGAGUCUUGCUAUUGCUUCUGAACGAAUACCCCUAUCGUUGUUUUGUGUUGUGUUCUCUUCUCUAUUGCUCCAGAAGCGCAUACCUGCCAGUAUAUAGCUACGCCGAGAGGUCGAAAAUAAUCAUUCAUAUCUGAAGAAUGAAACUCAGAC